CAAGCAGGGACACAACAUGACAUCGGCUAAAGGUAGCAGCGCUCCGCUCGAGCUGGACGGAUGUCCGUCUUCCAGCAAGCGGCAACAAGUGAAGGAUAAGAGUCACAUAGCAGCUGUUAUUUUAGCAAGAGGAGGAAGCAAAGGGAUCCCGCUUAAAAACAUCAAGAUGUUAGCCGGGGUCCCCCUCAUCGGAUGGGUGCUGAGGGCUGCUGUGGACUCCGACAUGUUUGACAGUGUGUGGGUGUCAACGGACCAUGACAAGAUUGAGGAAGUUGCAAAGGCAUGGGGUGCUCAGGUGCACCGGAGGAGUCCUAAAGUCUCCAGAGACUCUUCUUCAUCAAUAGAAACCAUCCAGGAGUUUCUCCAUACCCAUGAAGAGGUGGAUAUAGUUUGUCACAUCCAGGCUACAUCACCGUGUCUACACCCAUUCCACGUGAAGCAGGCGUUAGAGAAGAUCACGGUGCAGGGUUACGAUUCAGUCUUCGCAGUGGUCAGGAGGCACCAGUUUCGUUGGAAGGAGGUCAAUGAAGGAUCUGGUGAGCAAACAGUGCCAUUCAAUCUGGACCCAGCUCGCCGCCCAAGGCGUCAGGACUGGCCAGGAGAGCUGUGUGAGAAUGGCUCUUUUUAUUUUGCCAAAAGAGAGAUCAUUGUGAAGGAAGCACACUCGCAGGGUGGUAAGUUAACCUACUAUGAGAUGAUGCCGGAAUACAGCGUGGACAUAGAUGUGGACAUUGACUGGCCUGUGGCAGAACAGAGGGUUCUCAGGUACGGAUACUUCGGUAAGGAAACGCCAGAGGUAGUCCGCCUGAUGUUCUGCAAUGUUUCCGGCUGUUUAACAGACGGAAAGAUCUUUAUAUCCGCAUCUGGAGAGGAGAUGGUUUCUGUCAAUACGAGAGACGCUACUGGGCUUAGCAUGCUGCAGAAAGAACAAGUGGAGGUCAUACUACUGACCUCUGAGGAGGACCCCAUUGACUCGACUUUGCUUCAAAAAAUUGCAGACAGGAUGAAGUGCAAGGUCGAGAAGGUGGGAAAGGAGCCGCUGAAUCAUGUGCAGGGAAUCGUGACGGACAAGAAGCUGGAUUGGAAGGAUGUGGCGUUCAUGGGUUUUGAUCACGCAGAUGUGAAAUGCCUGAACCUGGCAGGUCUGAGCGCAGUACCUGGAGAUGCUCCAGUUGUAGCCUCGAAGGCAGCAAAGUACAUCUGUCACCGUUCAGGGGGUUCGGGAGCCCUGAGGGAGUUCGCCGAGCACAUUCUCCUGCAGAAACAAAUGGCAAAAUCUCAAAGAGAGCAGGACCGCAUCGACCGUAAGAACUUCUGAAAACUGAAAUCUACGUGGAAAAGGUUGAGAGUCAGAGAAGUUCAUGCCCUGAGUAAUGGAAGAUAUCAAAUGAAGUCAAAUGAUGCAUAUGUAUGUUAGAAAUAUCAAGGCCCAGAUUUACAGUAAUGGUAAAAAGAAAAUACACCUGCUUUCAAUUCUAAGGUUUUCUAUAUCAGAAUAUAAUAAUAAAAUCAUCUUUUCUUUAUCAGGUCCUAAAAUGAGGUAAAUACAACCUCAGAUCCACAAAAGCAUGACAUAUUACACUUUGUCAUUAUUUAACAAAAGCUAAACCAAAAUGCAGAUGGAGAUUAGCAGCACCUGCUAAUCAAGAGCUACAUGUCAGACUCUGCAGGCCUCAGUCAGCAUGUUAAAUGUUAAAGGUGUAGUGGGCCAUUAUGCUUGCUGCUGUCACCCAGUCACCAUCACAUCCGCUGGUGCAAGCCACCGCUUCAGUCGCUCAUGCAGCUCUUGAUUUUUUUAUUUAUUUAUUUUGAUUUGAUUUAUUUUUUUGGUAACCUGGUUCAUUGUGCCCCUGCUGCGAGCAGUGAGUAAGACACAACUGUACAAUCAUGUUAGUUUUUCUGCUAUUUUAAUGAUACAUCAGUGCCGUCACCUGUUGUUCAGGAGAAUACUGCAGCAGGCACCCGCACCUUAACAGUGGUGUAAAAUUUACACAGCUCCGUACCAUUUAGACUGUAAAUGGUACAGAGCUGUGGUGAUGUCAUAUUACAAUAUCACUGCUGUAGCAACGUCAUGCAUUUACCCUGCUCACAACUAGGAGACGAGCCCAGACAUAUCUGAGAGCAAAAGCUGCGUGUUAGCCUCCGAUGACGCUUUAUUAACUAAAAAGGGAGCUACUUCACCAGCAUCCAACAAAGCACAAUGCUUUGUGAAAUAUGCAAGAAAACUGUUCUCACUAAAGGUGGAAACGACAAACUUGAUUCCCUCCUUGAGGCAAAAACACAUCGUUGAGUGUAACCAAGACUAUGAAGGAGGAGAUUGUAGCAGCUGGUAAUGUGCAACCCAAAAACAAAUGACUCCACUGAGCGUCUUUCAUUUAUUUACACUUAUAAAUGCUGCUGCCUGCAAGCUGCCAUCAUCAAUAAAAUAUGAAGUAUUUAGAUUUUUUUUCUAUAUUAUGAAAAUAUUUUUAAUCACAACUUUUCUUGAAAUAUUAUAUUAUUUUGAGGCUAUAUCAUACACUCCUACUGCUAAAGAUGGUUUUACAAGCUUUGAAUCAAGGAGUGCACUUAAUUUUCCACAUACUGCUUCUGCAUUCUGGGUUAGUUUUUAUAAAAUGAUGACACAUGUAAUAUAUUAUGUAGUGCUCUUCACUUGAGGUUGUAUUUACCUAAUUUUAAGGCCUGGCAAGGACCAUAUAAUUUUUUUUAUAAUAUGUCCUAAUGUUAGUUACGAAAGCAAACUGGUGAAAUUCUCAGCUGGGCACAAAAUGAUCUCAGCAAGGCGCAGCGCCAUGGCGAUCAACCACUGGCUAGAACCCUGAUGCUAUGAAUCUAUAAGCUAAAUCAGAUGUUAAGUUGAACACAAUAACACAGAGGUAAACAGAAAUAAUUGUUUCACCACUAAAAAGGCUACACUGGGAACUGCUGUCACUUUUACUACAAGGACACCAGAGGCCUGAUAAGAUAAGAUAAGAUAAGAUAGUGUUUAUUUGUCACAUGCACAGUUAUACACAGUACAAUGCACAGUGAAAUGUAUUUUGUACCUGCAACCUUAUAUACACACACAUAUAAA